CCGUUGGCACCUCUGGCAGAAGCAAAAAGAGAAAAGGAAAGCAGAUUGAGAGUCCAGAAAGAAAGGCGAAGAGAGGGAAAACUGGGGAAUAAAACGAAAAAGGGAGAAAUUGGAAGGCAGAAACAGAGUUUGAUUCGGAUAGGUCGAGAAGAGAGAAAUGUUGGUGUUAUAGAGAGUAAGGGGAAACUCGGAGAAGAAGUUUGGGUCCACAGAAACAGAGAGAAGAGAAUCAGAGGGAUUUUUUUUUUUUUUUUUUUUUUUGUGUUUUAGGUUUCGUAUCUGGUCGUCUGUGAGGUGAAACAAAGGGAAAAUUAAGGCUUCUCUAGGAAGGAGAAAAGGGAAUCAGAGGACAAUUCCGAGCUGGUCUUGAAACCUUCAGCUUGGUGCUUCCUUUUUGAGCUAAAAGGUUGAUUGAGAAAUUGGAGAAGAUUUGGAAAACAGAAAGAAGAGAACCUUCAGAUAGGCUGCUCUUUUUGGUUUUAAUAUCACUUCCGAAAAUCUGGUAACACUUGUUAUGUUUCUGAAACUUCCAUGUCUCUUCGAAAGCCCCCACUUCCUCGGAUCCUCCUCAACAAUGUCUCAUGCAUGAGAAAUGCCCAACAAAUUUUGCGACAUGUAAAUAUCUCUGUUCAUGAUGGUGGGGCACUCGUGUUAACUGGCAGUAAUGGUUCAGGCAAGACCACUUUUUUGCGAAUGUUAGCUGGAUUCUCAAAACCUUCUGCUGGUGAGAUCCUUUGGAAUGGUCAUGACAUCACAAAAUCUGGAAUCUUUCACCAAUAUAAGCUUCAGCUAAAUUGGCUUUCCCUCAAAGAUGCCGUUAAAGAGAAGUUUACAGUUCUUGACAACGUUCAGUGGUUUGAAGUUCUUGAGGGUAAGCAAGGGAAGUCGUUACCUGCUUUGGAAUUGAUGGGACUUGGAAGACUGGCAAAAGAGAAGGCAAGAAUGCUGUCAAUGGGCCAGCGUAAGAGGCUGCAGCUCGCAAGGGUGCUUGCAAUAGAUCGGCCAAUUUGGUUGCUUGAUGAACCUUCAGUUGCCUUAGAUGACGAAGGAGUGAAGUUGCUAGAGUUUAUAAUUGCAGAGCACAGAAAGAAAGGCGGGAUUGUGAUCAUAGCAACCCAUCUACCUAUCGAGAUUGAGGAUGCUAUGUAUUUAAGGUUACCGCCAAGAUUUCCUCGCAGGAUGACCUUGGUAGACAUGCUUGAUCGCCCAGAUAUAAUGUAACCUAUGAAAAAGCAAGACUCUUCUGGAGUUUAGUUGGCUAUAUCCAGCAUCAAUCCAUGAGUUCUGGCCAAUUUCGGUCUGUCAUUUCCUGCCAAUAGAACUAGAAAUGAGGGAGUUGAUCCUGAAUAGAAGUAGAGUAUGUUGUGGUCUAUUCUUUUACAAAUUCUUAUUCUGGUCUCUGUCUUUUUGAAUCAUUCCAAGCACAUUUUUGUUUUUGCUAAAUGCUGACUGUGAGGAGACUCCUUGCCAUCAGAAACAAGAUUUUUUAUAGUGAAAAAUCUAUGGCCAGUCAUAUUUAUACAAUCAAUGUGGUGAAACAA